AAGUGGUUUUAUGUUUCAAAAGUAAAAAGUAAGGUUGUUUUUUGUGUUUAUUUGUUAUUGAUGUGAAGGUUAUAUACAUAUAAUUUAAAGGGACUUACCCAAACUUCUGCCCAAUUUCUUUCAAUAAAGGUACUUUGAAAUUUUAUAAUGGGGGUUACAAUAUUGACCCAGUACCAUACGGAAAAUAGAUCAGGACCCCAAAUUAUAGACAUUCUCUCAAAACGAAUUACAGAAUUGGGUGCAGUUCAACAAGGUCAAUUCUUGGUAGACUGCGAAACAUACACCUCUGUUCCGCAGCUAGGACAUCAAAGGACGGUACAUGUCCUCCACAACUCCGAACAACCUGCCACAGUUUUCUCUUUGCUUGAAACUGGGAACAAAACCAUUCCGCUAGCAACUGACGGUCUCUUCGACCUGCUAAUGAUGAAAAUGUCCCACUUUUACACCUCAAAGAAACAGACCAAAGCAGAGUCGAAGGGGCCUAGGUUUGAAAUAGGUGACUUUUGUGUUAAACUUGGAUCAGUGACGGUGAGCAGCAAUUUCAAGGGGAUUCUAGUGGAAGUGGAAUAUAGACCUUGCGUGGUGCCCGCAAUGUGUUGGGAUUUGCUGAAGGAGUUCUUGCAAGGGUUCUUGGGUUUGGCCGGACCUACAGCACCCCCAACGUAUCUCCAGAAUAGGAUGCAGGAGAUAUACUCCCCCAUUGACACUAUUCAUCAGUACUUGGAACAUUUUACGAUAUUCAGGAAGUCGCCUGGGAUAGGAAUUAGGACAUAGUUAUCGUUUCCACUAGGAGAUGUGAAAAGAUUUUAUUUUCCUGUUUUCCUAAAAAUUGAGAAAACCCCCAUUUUACUGAAUUCAUAUAAAUUUGACUGUCAGAUCAGCUGGCUGAAUUUUUAAUCAGUUAUAAUUGAAGUAACUUAAAAUAUACUUUUUAUAUACUC